ACGAAGGCAGAGACAAGUGGCAAGCCUUCCAUAUGCGAUCACGUGAUGUGCAAAGUGCAAGAACACAAUUUAUUUCCAUGAAAUCCCAGGAUGGCUGGCUAUAGGAUUAAGCGGUCGAUGCUACUAGUUUCUGUAUUAGAAAAAUAAUUCGGAUUAUGUACAUGUUUCAUUGUUUUACUAUUUGAUGAGAAAUCCGAGGGGUAGCCCAACACUGGAAGAAGACAAUGGAAAAUAUAUCCGGCUCGACAAAUACAAACUCUAUGUGCAACCAUUCUAUGGACUUCUAUUCCUUCAACUCUGCCAACCGGACCGAUUUAAAUUGUACGGCCCCGGCUCAGUUCCUCCUCCAACCGGAUUUCUACGUCGUUCUGCCGGUCAUAUACUCAGUGAUUUGCGCUGUGGGUUUGACAGGCAACACAGCUGUAAUUUAUGUAAUCCUCAAAGCACCCAAAAUGAAAACAGUCACUAAUAUGUUUAUCUUGAACUUGGCGAUCGCUGAUGACUUAUUUACAUUAGUUCUGCCCAUCAACAUCGCUGAACACCUUUUACAUUACUGGCCCUUCGGCGAGGUGUUGUGCAAAAUAAUUUUAUCCAUUGACCACUAUAAUAUUUUCUCCAGUAUCUACUUCCUCACUGUAAUGAGCAUCGAUCGGUACCUAGUAGUUCUAUCGACGGUGCGGUCCAGAAGGAUGCCCUAUCGCACGUACAGGGCUGCAAAAAUAGUUAGCUUAUGCGUCUGGGUGCUGGUGAUUCUUAUCGUUAUGCCAUUCACCGUCUUCGCUGGAGUUUAUAUUAGCCACGAAGACAUGGAAAGAAAGAGUUGUGUGUUGAGUUUUCCCAGCCCGGAAAGUUUCUGGUUUAAAGCCAGUCGGAUUUAUACACUAAUCCUCGGAUUCGCCAUCCCUGUUUCCACAAUCUGCAUUCUUUACACUAUGAUGCUUUACAAACUGAGAAACAUGCGAUUGAACUCCAACGCCAAAGCUCUAGAUAAAGCGAAGAAAAAGGUGACAGUUAUGGUGUUUAUUGUGCUGGCAGUGUGCCUCUUCUGUUGGACCCCUUUCCACCUGAGCACUAUCGUCGCCCUCACCACGGACCUGAGGACGACACCUUUAUUGAUCGGAAUUUCCUAUUUUAUUACCAGUUUAAGCUAUGCCAACUCGUGUCUAAACCCUUUCUUGUACGCAUUCCUGGAUGACAGUUUCAGGAAGGCUUUCAAGAAAAUGCUCGAAUGUAGACCUGCUUGAAUUUACAUAACGGUGGGAGGAACAUUUCGUGUUGCUAUGGAAAGUUCUCCAUUUAGCACUUUCCACUUCAAAUAUAUUAUUUUUCAAUAAUUGGGAAUUAUUUAUGGAAAUAUCUAAACAUAAAAGUUGCCGUCAAAUUAUUAUUAUUAUUAUUAUUAUUAUUAUUAUUAUUAUUAUUAUUAUUAUUAUUAUUAUUAUUGUGCCUUUUUGUCUCCCCCUUGUGUUAUAUGAAGGAACACAUUCGUAGAGAGUUGAAGAGAGUUGGACCUUAACAUUUGGAGCAUUCCUUAGCUUUGAAGCUUCAAAGGAUAUUAUUUUUGUAUAGUAUAGAUUUGGUACUGUACACAAAGAUUGUACAAGUUUGGAAAUGUUUAUAACAAAAAUCCGUGCUAUUUGCAUUCAUUUUAGCUUAGAAUGAACUUCAUACCAUAUACUCUUGUACAAAUUUGUAUUUGUGAAUGACUUUGUCAGAAUGUAGGCCAUCAUCAUUUAUGCGUGUAUGCAUUCACAGUUCUUUUUUUUUUUAAAUGAUGAAAAUGGAUUCUCAUAGUUCCUAUCAUAUAAAUGCAUUAUGAGUUUUACAAUUUAUUUAUUCUUUUGUUCACAUUGUGCCAAGAACAUAAAGAUCAUACAAAUAUGUUUCACAACCAGCAGGCAUGGAAAUUGUAUUUUAUGAACUGUGCAUAAUGUAAUUAACUUAUUUGUUAUGCCUGUACAUGUUUACUGAACAAUAAAUGUAAAAUAAAAUCAUGGGUUUUGUCUUA